UUAAGAAAGAAUCGCAAGAAACAAGUAAAAUAAUAUUAGAAAAGGAAAAAAAAAAAAAAUAAGGAAGCAUUAGUUUGGAAAUACAAAAGAAAACUUGAAAUAUAUGUAACCUGUGAUGGAAUAUUGCUUCAGAAUGGAAAGACAUACGUGUGCUAUAACUGUGGGGGUGGCUGUUGGUAUGCUGCUGCUGCUGCUUCUAUACGCCUGCUGGAAACACUUAAGGACUCAAACAACGCCAUCAGGACCCCCAAUAUGGUACAUCAACGAACCAGUGCUCUCCACCCCACACCAACCCUUGUGUCUGAGCGCCACGAACCCCAGUCUUCUCAACAUACACCCCGCAGUUCAAAACCCCCUCCUCUCGCGCCCUCCAGCCUCGCCCUUCUGCAGGAGAAACUCGGUGGUAAGGGUAGUAAGGGAUCAGCAGAUGCCUUCCCUGUCUCGCCGUGAUAGUAUCAACUCUGUCUACGAGUUGGUUUGAGCGUCUCCUUUUUUUUUUUUUUAUACCA